AGUCCCAAUGUGGCGUUCCAUGCUUAUUUAGUACUCAUAUAACCCAAGAUCCGUCUCCGGAGGUCACUCUCUUCUCUAUUCAAAGAAAUGGAGACACAGCCUUUUAAGAACUUCUUGACCAUUACCAUCAUCUUCCUCUACCUUCUUGGACACGUCAUGUCCAAGUCCUCAUCAUCACCAUCUCUGUGCAAUGGUAUGGAGGGGGAGUGCAGCACCGUGGUGGAGGCUGAAGAAAUGACAGUGAUAAUGGAGUCAUGGUCAAGCCAGAGAUUGAUGGAGGAGCAGACGCAGACGCUUUCAUAUAAAGCUUUGCGGAGGAAUCAGCCUGCUUGCGACGGUGGCAACCGCGGUGAGUCUUACUCCAGCAAAUGUCUUCCUCCGCCGUCUAAUCCUUAUAGUAGAGGCUGCUCUAAGCACUACCGUUGCAGGGGUGAUUCUUGACCAUUCGCCAUCAUUUAUGACUCUAUAUGUUGUUUAAUUGUAUACUCUUUUUCUUUUAAUCCGAUGUUUAUGAAUUUGAAUU